AUGGAAUACAAUGUUGGGGACGUUGUGCGAUGUAUGUGGGGAUCGAAACCGGUCGAAUACGAAGCCAAGAUUGUUCGCGCGAAUUUUGCAUCAAAAGAGUAUUUUGUUCACUAUCAAGGAUGGAACAAACGCUAUGACGAGUGGAUUUCCGAGAAAUCCAUUCUCGGGGCAUCAAAGAAACAACAAACUCCCUCUCGUUGUGAUACACCGAAAAUUCGCCAUUCGAGAAGAGGUGCAGCUGAAAACACUCGUGCCAAUGAUCAAGUCACGAGUAGCACACGACGUGUUCACAUUCUUCCCGUUCGCAAACCACUCGACAUAGAGUACACCUUGCCCUAUUCUCCAUCUGCCUUCAAGUUUGCGAAGGUGUCGUCGAGCUCGUUGAUCGCGAAACCACCGAUGAUUGCUCCGACUCGUCCGCGCGUUGAUCAUCCCCCUAACUUGGGUUCUCCCUUCACCUACUGUGACGAAUACCAUUCAUCUUCACCGAUAUCCAUGGAGUGUAACGCUAAAGGAAUCUGUGGGGAGCGAGCUAUAGCGGCAUCGAACUUCCUCAACGUGGACAUCAGUGAUAGUGUAACGACGAGCUCGUCAUAUUCCGAAUCUGAGGACAGUCUGAGUAGCAGGCAGCAGAUCACUGGUCCCAAAUCAGUUUCGCCUUUCACGGUAUCGACAUAG